AUGUCGGCCAGUUCAAGAAUUCCCCCCAUUGCGCUGCCCUUCGUGAGUGAGCGGGCAAAGCGAACCCUGGAUUUGGUCCAAAAAUUCGUCGAUGAAGAGUGCACUCCCGCAGACGCUGUUUUCAAGGCUGAGCUCGGCGAGGGAGAUAAGAGAUGGACCACUACCCCAGCCAUCCUUGAGGAGCUCAAGGCUAAGGCCAGGAAGCUUGGACUGUGGAAUAUGUUCUUGCCCAAGAACCAUUUCAAGGAGGGCGCUGGGUUCAGUAACUUGGAGUAUGGACUGAUGGCGGAGUAUUUGGGCAAGAGUCGGGUGGCCAGUGAGGCUACCAACAAUGCCGCACCGGAUACUGGAAAUAUGGAGGUGUUCGCGAAAUAUGGCAGUGAGGCACAAAAGAAACAGUGGCUCGAGCCACUCUUGGAGGGCAAGAUUCGCUCAGCUUUCCUCAUGACGGAGCCGGAUACCGCCUCCAGUGAUGCCACAAAUAUCAGUCUUGAUAUCCGACGAGAGGGUAACGUAUAUGUCAUUAAUGGCCAGAAAUGGUGGUCAUCCGGAAUCGGUGACCCAAGAUGUAAAGUCUACAUCGUCAUGGGCAAAACCGACGCCAGCAAUCCCGACCCUUACAAGCAGCAAUCCGUCGUCCUUGUCCCCUCCGAUACACCCGGCAUGACCAUCCACCGCAUGUUGAGUGUCUACGGCUAUGACGAUGCCCCCCACGGCCACGGUCACAUUAGCUUCAAGAACGUUCGUGUGCCUGUCUCUAACAUUGUCCUUGGUGAAGGCCGCGGUUUCGAAAUCAUCCAAGGCCGCCUUGGGCCCGGCCGCAUCCACCACGCCAUGCGCGCCAUCGGCGCCGCCGAGCGUGCUCUCGACUACCUCAUUGCCCGUGCCAACGACCAGUCGCGCAAGCCCUUCGGCAAGACCCUGGCUGAGCACGGUGUCAUUCUUGAAUGGAUCGCCAGGUCACGCAUUGAGAUUGACGCUGCGCGUCUCGUCGUGCUGAAUGCCGCGAUCAAAAUUGAUCUUGGAGAUGCCAAAGGUGCGCUGAAGGAGAUUGCGGAGGCCAAGGUGCUUGUGCCGCAGACUGCGCUGACGGUCAUUGACCGUGCGGUGCAGGCCCAUGGCGCUAUGGGUGUCUGUCAGGAUACCCCGCUUGCUAACAUGUGGGCGAAUAUUCGGACGCUGAGGCUUGCGGAUGGUCCUGAUGAAGUGCAUUUGCAGCAGAUGGGGAGGAGGGAGAAUAAGCAGCGCAGGGAUGAGUGCACGGAGAAGAUCAGGAGGCAGAAGGAGAAGUCGCAGCAGCUGUUGAGUGCUAAGGGACUGAAGAGUCAGCUGUAG